UUCGACAGUUAAUCGUGUUCGAUUACGUGACACCUGCUACAAACAACAGAACUCAAAACCCUAGUAGUCAAAUCGAUCAGGCAAUUCAACCACACCGGAAUCAAUUUCUUCAAAUUCUCCUUCAGAUCAAUCCAAAAAUUCAAACGCAAUGAAUCCAAAUCAAUCGGCGAAACCAGAGGAAUCUCACUCCACCGGUUACGCUCCGUAUCCAAAAAUUGAUCCAAACGACGUCGUUCCUCCUCCGGCCGCUGAGAGCUGGACAUCCGUCCCCGUCGGUUCUCAACCUGAAGCUCCGCCACCGCCGCCACCUGCUGCCGGACAACCGGUGUAUACGGCUGCUGCUAGGGCAUCGGAUGCUCCGCCGCAAGGUGCGGCGACGACGAUGCCUAGUGAAUCUAAUCCUUACAUAACUCCGGCUCCGGUGCCAGCAUCUUCUUCAAAGAAAACGAUUGAUACGGUGAAGGAUGUGCUUGGGAAAUGGGGAAAGGCGGCUGCUGAUGCAACAAAGAAGGGUCAAGAUUAUGCUGGAGAAGUCUGGCAACAUUUGAAAACGGCACCAAGUAUUACUGAUGCGGCGGUUGGGAGAAUUGCACAAGGAACCAAAGCUCUUGCAGAAGGUGGUUAUGAAAAAAUCUUUGCAACAACAUUUGAGACGGGCCCUGAUGAGAAACUUGUCAAGUAUUAUCCCUGCUACCUUUCCACAUCUGCGGGUCCGGUCAUGGGAAUCCUCUACAUGUCAACUGCAAAACUUGCUUUUUCAAGCGACAAUCCACUUUCAUACAAAGUUGGUGAAGAGACACAAUGGAGCUAUUAUAAGGUGGUUAUCCCGUUGCAUCAGCUGAAAGCUGUAAAUGCUUCAAAAAGCAAAGCCAAUCCUGCGGAAAAGUACAUCCAGAUUAUCUCAGUUGAUAAUCAUGAAUUCUGGUUCAUGGGUUUUGUUAACUACGACAGUGCUGUAAAAAACCUUCAAGGCGCUCUUCAAUCGCAUCAUCAAGUGUAACUUCUUUCUUCAUGGGUAUAUUCAAGUCAUACAUGACAAUUUAUUGCGUUGAUGAUAAACCAUGGUCGCUACAGUAAACUGGUUAGAACAUUAUGUGGUAUGGUUCUUGCUGCAUAUUUUAUGUGGUUAGAUACAAGUUGGGUGCACUUUGGUGUUUCGUGUGAUGCUCUUUUAUUUCUUUCUUUCUUUGCAUUAUGUGUUUCGUUGUCGUUUCUCUCGAUAUUUGUGCUAUUGUUUUAUUGUAUAUUUGUAUGAUGUUAAACAUGGCCCUUCGUGUCAUUAAGAGAUUUUUUAUUUGGUUUGUAUGAUUAUGUGGAGACUUAAUAUGUAGAA